AUGGGGCAGAAGCAUAUUCGACAACCAGCUGUGGUCACCAGGUCGGUGUUUGAAACGCUGCCGAGGUCACAAUGUUUCUUCUGCCCUGCGGCAAUAUUUGAGCUCAUGAGCCUCUGGGGUCCAGAGGCCGUGGUUGGCACGCCGCCCCCGCUGCACCUGCGGCCUCGCAGAAGUGUGCAUGUGAGUGUGGCUGUGAGCCCGGCUCUGCUCGGACAUGGCAGUCUGCGCCAGUCACCGCUUUUCCCUCUCGCUGCCACGGCGAGUGUGCCUUUUUUUGUUGCCUCGGCUUCGUGCCGCCGCCUCGCCCCGUGCCGCCGUGUCGCGUGCGCGUUCUGUCCCCUCGGCGCCUGA